UGGAGCCUAUCCGUUAGCUCUAUUUCGUCAUUGUUUGUUGUUGUGUGAUUUAUUUCGGACAUAUUAUAGGCUAUUUGUGCUAUAAGAAUGGUGGUUGUUUUUAGGAAUACCAAUAGUAUUUUUGUUUGGAAUUAAAUUUGAAUGGUUUCAGUUACGUUACAUUGUAUUAACAGCAAUGAGAUUAGAUUAACAUCUGAUUUUGUGGAGAAUACAUUUAUUUAUAGUCUACAGAUCUCACAGAAAGGCCUUUUGAACUAAUAGCAAUAGAGUUUUAAUACAUAAUAUGACAUCAGCUUUGUAUUUAGAACAGUAUCUUGAUAGUUUAGAACAUCUUCCAAUAGAAUUGCAGAGAAAUUUUACGCUCAUGAGAGAUUUGGAUGCUCGAGCUCAAAAUGUCAUGCGCAAUAUUGACAAAAUGGCUGAUGAAUAUCUGCAGAAUAUCAAAUUGCUUUCACCUGAUAAGAAGAAAGAAAAAAUGAAUGACAUAAUGGCCCAAUUUAACAAAGCUAAAGAAUAUGGAGAUGAUAAAGUUCAGUUGGCCAUACAGACAUAUGAGCUUGUAGAUAAACACAUUCGAAGGUUAGAUUCUGAUUUAGCUAGGUUUGAAUCUGAGAUCCAGGAUAAGGCUCUAAGUAACACCCGUAGUCAAGAAGAUACUGAUCCAAAGAAACGUGGACGUAAGAAACAAAAAGACAGAGGAGAGAAGAAAAAGCGUGUUGGAGUAGGAAGUAGUGGAGAAGAAGAAGGAGGAAAAACUGUUAGGAAAAAAGCUAAGAAAGGUGGAGGCAAGAACAACAGUGGGCCAGGCAAGGGAGCUUCUACUAACAGUGUGGUGGGAGCGGAGACUGGGUUAGCUGCUGUGCUGCCAGGACUCGCUGGCAUCACGCAUACAGCUGACGUACUGGACAUGCCAGUUGACCCCAACGAGCCCACUUACUGUCUCUGUCAUCAGGUCUCCUAUGGCGAGAUGAUUGGCUGUGAUAACCCAGAUUGCCCCAUAGAGUGGUUUCAUUUUGCCUGUGUUGGUCUUGUAACAAAACCCAAAGGAAAAUGGUUCUGCCCCAAGUGUAUAGCUGAUAGAAAGAAGAAAUAAGACUUUAAUUAAUAUCUAGGUUUAUAAUUACUGAAAAUAAUACAUAACUUGUGAUCACUCAUUGUUAUCAAGCUUUUUAGAAUUUGUUUUAUCUUAGGAACAAGUUACUAAUACUUACUAUGAUUAACUGUUGUACUCUACACAUAGCAUUCUAUGCUGUAUGCAGAAUUGAAGCACUGCCAAAGUAAAUGUUGAACUAAGUGAUAUUAAUGUAUGGUAACCUAAACAACACAGUUAAAAUUAAACAUUAUAAUGAAUUUUUAUAAUUUUAAACUAUGAAAUUGAUCAUAUAAAUACAAUAGGAACUAACAUGAUUUAUUAAUUUUAAGACAAAAACACAAAUAUCAUACUUAAGUAGGUUGCAGUUUGUUGAUAAUACUGUUAAAUAUGACUUCUAAAAGCUGUCAGAGCAAAGCCAAGUGCCAAAAUCUUAGUUUAGUAGAAUUUUGUUUUAGAAUUGUGCUUUUAGUGACCAAUAUUAAGCUGACAACACUUCUCCUAAACAUAUUUUCUUUAUAUUAUAUCAUUAUCAUAUUUUAUUUCAGACAAAAUAAUCUACAAAUAUCAAUUUAUUGAACUAUGUUGAACCCAUUAUAGAUUUGAAACUAUAAGUUAAUUCCAAUAAUAGUAUUACAAUGCAUUUCUUUAUUGCUGCUGAUACAGGUUAAUAAAAGCAUAACCAACUGUAUUUACUAAAUCUGAUAAAAAAAUAUAGCGACUUUUUAAUUUCCGCAGGUUAUAUUUAUUUGUUUGUUUUUUUUGGUGGCGUUAUGUUGGUACGCAGACGUUGUGUUGGUAUGCUAUUGACGUAUACCAGCAAGUUCAGCCAUUUUGAAUGUUCUGUUAAUUGAUGACAGCUGAUUUGCUUGCACGUGUCAUGGCUCAUCUUCGAUUUGUGCCUAUUCAAAGAAUCUGUAUCAAAUUUAGUGUAAAAAACGAAAUUAAGUGUGCAGACGCAUUCCAAAUGUUGACUGUGCCUUAUGGAGAAGCUACCUUGGACAAAAGCAACGUUCAUCUUUGGUAAAAAACAUUCUCAGGGCCGAGAGGAUAUGAACGAUGAACAGCAUGCCGGAUGCCCAAGCACGUCAAGAACAUACAAAAACAUGAAAUGAAGAAAAUAAUAUAAUAGUAUUGGCCAAUCAUCGAAUCACCGCUGCCAAGGACCUGAAAAUAUUGAUUGGAUCAUGCCAUUUGAUUUUUACCAAAGAUUUGAGCAUGAGAUCAGUCAGCACGAAAAUUGUACCAAAAUUGCUCAAUUUCGACCAAAAACAACAGCACAUUACCAUUGCUAAUAAGCUGUUAGACUCUGUCCGCAAUGAUCCAAAUUUGCUCCAGAGGGUCAUAACCAGUGACGAAUAAUGGGUUUAUGGUUAUGGUGUAGAAACCAAAGCUCAAUCAUCCCAAUGGAAGCUGCCACAUGAGCCAAGACCAUAAAAAGUGUGCCAAGUUCGGUUGAAUCUGAUAGUUUUGUUACAGUUUUUUUCAAUUGCAGGGGCGUGGUGCAUUAUUAGUUCCUGCCACAGGGUAGAACUGUCAAUAAGGAAUAUUAUCUGCAAGUUGUGCACAAUUUGAAGGAAGCAAUCAAUCCGCCAGAAACGCCUGGAUUUCUGGAAGAACAAAAAUUGACUUUAGCACCACGAUAACGCCCCUGCUCACACAUUAUUGUGCAUAAUUUUUUGGCCAAAAACAAACACACUGAUGAUGCCGCAACCACCGUAUUCUCCAGAUCUGGCCCCCUGUGUCUUUUUCUUGUUCCUGAAACUGAAGAGGCCCAUGAAAGGAUGAUCCUACGCUACAAUUUACGAGAUAAAGACGGCAUUGAAGAAGGAGCUGAACAAGAUAACAAAAAACUACUUUUUGAAGUGCUUCAAGGCUUGGAAGAAAUGUUGGCACAAGUGUAUAAUAUCUUAUGGGGAUUGCUUUGAAGAGGACAAAAUUGAGAUUGAUGAAUAAAUAAAUAAUUAAAAAAAAAAACAAAAGUUGCGAUAUUUUUUUAACAGACCUUGUAUACAAUUGUUUUGUCAUUCAAUUUUCUCUUGCACCUGUAAUUAGACUCUGCUCUCUUUUUAGUUAUCAAUUAAUUAACCCAGCGACUUUCCAUGUAUGCAUUAAUAAAACUCAUUUAGCAUUAGUAGACGCUGUAAUCAAGAUUUAAAUUUACAACACAACAAGUCAGAAUAUAUGAGCCCCAAAUAGACUAUUUAAGAUUGAAAAAAAGAACUAAGUUUUGCUUGGUUACAAAGGUUGUCAAUUGCAAUUCUAGAGUAAACAUUCCUUACUCGAAUUUUUCAGUUUAGUUCUCUAUUUACAUUAUAUGCCCAGCAAUUUCAUGUAGUCUUUUCCUUCUAAAAACAACUUCAUCCAUUAUGACUAUUGGUUUUUUAUGGGCUAUCUUGUUACCUAAGACAAAAUUGUAUAGAAUUUAACUGAGAACCGUUUACUUAUUGUAUCGUCAGGUACAGCACAAGCAAAUUAUUUGGCAGAUCUUGAACACAUUUAAAAAUUGAAAGAGGGCUGGGAAAUGUAGCUCUUAAAGCAUUGCUGUUAAUAUAUUGAAUGUUAUGCUUUGUAAAUCUUUCUGUUAUGUUUCAAAAAGUAAAAUGGAAAAUAAUAUAGGUAGUGAGACUUUUAUUUAAUACUUUAUGGUGCAACUCCUUUAUUGAACUGAAUGUUUUUGUGCUCUUUACAUCUUUGAAGACUAAUAUUUGUCACAUUAUUUUAUCAAAAAUGUAUAUUGCUCCAUGAAAAGAAUAUGUGAUAAACAGGAUCAACACAAAUGUUUUGCCAGCUUUCAGAAAAAUCAUUAUUACUCUAGUAUUUUUUUUUUUUAAAUUAGGUUUUUCACGAAAACUUCAAAAAUAAUAUUGUUUAUAUAACAUAUUUUUAGUAAUUAAAUUUAUCUUUAGUUUUAUUUAUUUGUUUAUUUAUUUUAUUUAGUAUCAUUUUACUAUGUAAUUUUAUUUUAACUUUCAAAACAUUUUAUCUUAUUAAUGAACAUUGUUAGUUGUUACUUUUAAAACAAAUAUAUUCUUUAGUUUUAACGUUUUUGUAACAAAAACACCAAAUAAUUUAGGUGUGAAAAAAUAAACAACAAUGCUUUCAAUCUUUUGAUGAAAGCAUUGUUUUCAACUUUUGAGCAAAAACCUUGUAAAGCUUAGAGCUAGGAUUCAGCACUGUAAGAUAGGAUUUUACUUAUCAAUUGUGAAUUAAUAAAUAAAUACAUUCAUAACUCACUGUUGUUAGCAUUACAAGUUUCAAACCAUAUCAACAGCAUAGGAAUGCCCAUUAAUAACUAUGUUUUCCGGGCGACAGUGGUCAUAAAGCAGCCAAGUGAUUGGAAAGAGGCUUAGAGGAACAAUAUUUAUAUAUUUGUUGGGCUCAUAAAUUACAAUAAUUAAAUUGAAAUAUCUACUGAUUCAUAUUAGGUGGAUCUUUAAGUAGCAUAAAGUCUUAUUGAAAUGAAUUUAUAAAUUUGUAAAAUUCGAAGUCUAAAUUACAGACAAAAAAACAGGCUGACUAAUCGUCUUAUGGUCUUUUUAUGUAUAAAUUGAGGCUGACUGAUGUGAAUUUGCUGACAGUUGAUUGAUUGUUGGUUUUCAAAGUGUGUAAUUCUUCAGCCACACUCUUCAUUAGCUCCUGUAAGCUAAAUAAAAUUUAAGUUCGAUUCAUACAUUAACAUUUAAUGUUUACUCUGAAUGGAAAUUGUAAAUGCUUAGCUCUCUUAGCUCUGAUGCCUUUCAAUUGGUAAAGUAGUUUGAUGUUCAAUUUUGAUAUUGAUAUUCUGUAUGCACAUCACAAAUUUUCCUGAAGCCUGAACAAUGCUUGUAGCUCUAUAAUAUCCACUUGCUGAUAAUGCUUUCUACAUGUGCUCUACAUUAUCGAAUUAUCAGUUAAUAUACAUUUUUAUCCUCAACAGUUGUGUUUAAGUAUAUCUAAUACCAUGUCAUUUACCCUUAACAUAUUUGGUUUUUAAUACAGCUUGAAAGUUGCUUUAUUGAAGGUAAUACCACUUUUACUUAUGGCAGCUUACAACCAUUGCUCAUAAACCAUCUUGUGGUGGAGUAUUAUCUUUCAAUAUUACUUGUGAAAAGUUAAUGUAAGUGAAAUAACAAUUAACUUUGAAUAUGCAAAACUUAUAAACAUUUUAAAUGUGGUAGUUAUGAAUCGAGCUUUGACAUAAAUGAAUUCAUGUAAUAUACAUUGUAUAUAGUUAGUAUUAAUAUCCAACAUUAUAAAAUAAGAAUUUUAUUUAUUUUUACAUUUAUUUAAUUCUCAGGACACUAUAAAAGAAUUAUUUGCAGCAAUUUAAUUUUUGAAACUCAAAUGAAACAAUAAUAACCAUACAAAAAAGGUGUUUUACUGUAACCGGUUUCACUGGGCUAUUUCCGUAAUUUUGAUUUUCUUUUAAGAAGACAAGAAUAAAUUUUAUUGUUCUUCAUUUGCAAGCUAAACAAACUGAGUGAGCUGAUGAUUAGGGAUUGUAGUUGUCACUUAUAUUGUUAAUAAUGUUACACAAUCUUUGUAAAAUAUCGUGUUAUUGUAGUACAUUGCCAAAGUUUUAUAAACCUUCAUGCCAAAUGUACCCAAUAACCAAAUUCUAUAAUUUUAAUGUUAUAAUUCCUAUGAAUUGUAUAAGAUGUAGAAUAUGAGUGUACAUUUAUUAUGAAUUAUUAUGUGGAAUUUUUCCCAGUGCUCAAUGUAGGUGAAUUUUACUUGCUCUGUGUUAAUUGUCUAUUUCUGACCUAUCCAUGAUCAAAUACGUAAUAUUUCAACAGGAGAUUUUAAUUGCUGCACACAAUUCUGAUGAUUAACUGAGAAAAGUCAUCUGUUUCAUGUGAAGUACAAAAAUUAACUACACACAUUCGUGAGUGUGUUAAGUCUUUCUUUAUAUAUUUAAAGUUAGUUUUUAAGACUACCAUCUUUCAAUAACAUUUAACCAUCGUAAAAACAAACUAAUUAUCUUUCAUAGAUUAAUCUAUAACCAAAAUAUUAAAAAAAAUGCAAUACAUCUUUAGAAAAAUGCAUAAUUAUUUCUUUUGACCAGUUUUCUGUUUUUGUUACAAUGCUUAGUUGUUUAAGGUUGCUGAUGUCUAGAUAUACUUUUAAUUUAAAUAUGAAUGUUAAUAUAGGGCCUUAAAGUAUUUUUUAAGUUGUGCAAUUGCAUUUACAACACUAUUCUGUGAACAGUAGAAUUUUGUUAAAUUCACAGCAGAUAAUUUGUUAAAUUAUGUAACUGUUUAAAGUCUCAAUAACAUUCAAAUUUACCUCAGAUAUCUUUAUUACAUUGUAAGUUUGCUCUAGCACAAAAUUGUAAAUAAUAUAUUGAGAUGUUUUUACUACUUAUUGUAUUGGUUAAUCACAAUUUUGAGAGUACUUGUACAUUUUAUUUUGUGUACACAAAGUUUUAUUUAAUUUAAAACAAAUUGUAUAUCAUUGGUAAUACUGUAUAUCUAACUCCAGCUUGUCUUAACAAUUUAAGUUCAUUUUUCUGUGUGGUUACCAAAAUGAUAAAGAGAUUAAUCACAUCUGAUGCACUCCUCGAAGAUGUUUGCUAUCAGUUAGUUAGGUCAGGUAUGUUUUGACAAUUUUCUGGUUGACGGUGGAAUGUUGUCCACAUCACUAUGUCACCAAUUCUCGAUAAUCACUGCAAGGUCUGGACUACACAGCACAUUGUUGAAAAUACCCCACUAUCAAGUCUUUGUUAUUAUGCCGUGUCCUCUUGUUCUGGGUUGCUAAAGAUUGUUAAGGGGUGAAUUUAAAUUUCACACAACUGUUCUCAUAAAUGUUGGUGCAAUUUUAGAAAAUUAUGGAGGAAGUUUACUUAUUUUAAACCUUCUUUUAUUUGACUGCUUGGUUAACAUGUACGCAGAGUCCACAGUAGACAGAUUCGUGUCCUUGCCCAACCUCAGUACAGAUGUCAGUGUGUCCUUUGUUAAAUGUUCAGCAUCAUUCCUGUACAAUACCACUACUCAUUUAUUAAGUUUUCACAGCACAGUCGGCUAAUUCUGUGAUAAAUUUCAGCAGCUUUACAAUCUUCUACAAGCAAAAACAUAAAACUUGUCGCGUGUUCUAGUGUCCUACUGACACAUUAAAGUGCUCGUUUUGGGGGAAAUAAGCUGAAUAAUUACCUGACUUGUAGUCCUGACCUCUGCUUAUUUCUUUUGUUUUUACUUAUAAGCACAAUUGAAAAUCUUGUAUUUCACUCUAAACGGAACUAUUUUCCUAACAAUGAAAAUCACAGUAUAGAUUGGAUGUCAAGUUAGAAAUGUACAGGCGUACAGGAAUUUCAAUACAAUACAUUAUAUUUUUCAUAGCAAUAAGACUUUAACUUGAAAGUAAAAAUAAAACCAGUUAUACUUUGAGUUUGGUAAUGUAAGAUUUUAUAAUUAAGAUUUACCUACAGCAAGACCCAGUGUAAUUGAAUUAAAGAGAAUCAAUUUGGGUUUGUUUUGUGUAUUGUAAACCUAAUACAGAUAUUUUUUAAUAUUAGAUAUUAUUAUAGAAUUGGGAAAUAAGCUUUCAAAAAAAUUAAUGUAUAAAAGUUCGAACACAUUAAUGACAGAAUAAUCAACAUAUGUGUUGGAUUAUCCAUAGAUCUGAAAUGUUAGUGAGAUAUCUUGAAAGAAUAAUACUAAAUGAUGUUCAAAGAACUGUUAUCUCUUUAUAAAAUAAGAAGUGAGACAAUUUUGUUAAGAAUGACUUUGUUUAAGUUGUUAAUACAUAUAUAGAAAUAUGCAA